UAGUUUCAUCAAACUCCACAGCAGCAGUGCUUGAGGCAACAACCAGAGAUAAGGAGAGGGGAAGAGGAUAAUAACUUGUCUCUUACGGCUUGCCAUAUCAGCGCUACGUCAGUUAAUUAAAGCGCUCUUGUUUAAUUUAAUAUUAAUAUUGAUUUAACGUCUUAAACCGGUCAGAAACCGGACGUUUCUCGAUUAACGUCCCGCAGCCGUUUACGUUAACGGAUAAUUAAGGAGACGUUUAUUUACUUCAUCCCCUGAUGGGCUUUUUCUUUUUGUUUCCCCGUUAGUUUCUCGAAAUUAAUCAGUAGGCCUCCCCCGUAUUCUUCCAAAAGUCUUGAAUCGUCCGCCGGGUGGUCUCGUAUAUGAACCGUGUCGAGGCAGCGACGAGGGGUCGGGGGCUCCGGGCUUCAGGAUGAGGAUGCCCAGAGGAGGACGCCUGUUCCUGGCGACGUGCCUCGGCUCACUCUUCGUCCUGGUGCUUUACUUCCAGAGCAUCACCAAGCCAGAACCUGGUGUGAAGACCGGCAGCAGCCCAGGGAAGAUCAGGAGAAGUCCACUGCAGGCCCUCUACAAUGGAGACCAGCAGCUGGACCUGUUGGCAGCUCAGAGGUCCCUGCAGGGCCGCAGGGAGCUUCUGGAGCAGGCGUGUCUGAGCCACACCAGGAAGCGACAGGUGCUAUCGUCUGAGGAUCUCAAACACCUCAUUGUGGAUGAUCAGCACAGUCUUAUUUACUGCUACGUACCAAAGGUGGCCUGCACCAACUGGAAGCGUGUCCUUAUGGUCCUGACCAGUGACGGCCGCUACACAGACCCUCUCUCCAUCCCUGCGAAUGAGGCUCACGUGGCAGGUAACCUCCGCACACUCUCCGAGUUCUCGGUCCCUGAGAUUAACAAACGCCUUCGCAGCUACCUCAAGUUCAUCUUUGUGCGGGAACCCUUCGAGCGCCUGGUGUCCGCCUACAGAAACAAGUUCACCCGCAGCUACAACACCGCUUUCCACAAACGCUACGGAACCAAGAUCAUCCGACGGCACCGGCCCGACCCGGAGCCCGAGGCGCUGGAGAAAGGGGACGACGUUUCUUUCCGAGAGUUCGUGCAGUACCUGGUUGAUCCACGGACGCAACGAGAGGAGCCUUUUAACGAGCACUGGGAGCGGGUGCACUCCCUCUGCCACCCGUGUCUGAUCCACUACGACGUGGUGGGGAAGUACGAGACCCUGGAGCCGGAUUCUCAGGCUGUGCUCCGGUUGGCUGGAGUGGAGGGGAUGCUUCAGUUUCCGACAUCUGGUAAGAGCACCAGGACUGAUGGAAACAUGGCAGCACGCUUCUUUAAGCACAUCAGUCCUUUCUACCAGAGGAAACUGUUCAACACGUAUAAAAUGGACUUCCUGCUCUUUAACUACUCCACACCGGAGUACCUCAGGACUCGAUGAGGGGCAGGGGAAAGAAAACAGACUUCAGUGCCAUAGAUGGACUGGUUGUGACAGUUUCACAACCCCGUCAGACUCUUGUUGUAUUUUGCACUUUUUGGUUGCCAUGGACAACUAUCACCCCUGCCAAGAACGAUCCCGUCACCAGCACCUUUCAAUCACUCUCCAACUUAAGUGACUGUUGAGGAUGACUUGAUUUCGGUGAAUGGAACUUUCUGAAGAAAACCAGAUCUGGGUGGAACAGUCAGUUUGUGCUGUAUCCCACCAUGAGUUUGUCUUAUGUGUCUGUUUUCCAGGAGGGAAAUGGUUUUGACGUUUAGAGCGAAAUGCUGCAGGUUGUCCCUUUAAAUGUGUUUCUCCUUUCUCUCGAGUUUUAGCUGCAUUUAGAAUUUUUAUUCACCUUAAUACCAGUAAGUUUCUUUGUCCAAUCAAGGAAGCUUUUUUUGACUUUUUCUUGUCAGUUCCACGUGGCUGUUCAGUCGCUGUAAUAUGCCCUGCCAGCAUCCUGUAGUGCCCAUUACAGUCAACGUAUCGCCUUGCUUUGCUUUUUCUGAGAACUAAUGAGCCAUAAACCAAAGGCACACUUCAGAGGAGCAGGUACUCCUCAUGCCUUCGUAUGCAGGUGAAUGUGCUGACACAGCAGACUCAUUUUAAAGCCUAGAGAACAAAGACUCUGGAUUGAAUUUAUUUAUGUACGUCAGUGUAAGUAUUUAUUGUUCUGGAAGAGUGUGAUUGUAAAGAUAAGGGCUUACAAUUUAGUGAGAAUGAUUUUUUUAUGGAAAAAAAGGGGUGAAUGUCCUCAUUGUCUCAUAGGAAUUUACUUUCUGUUUUUACUUUGGCACACACACUCAUACACCCACACGCUCACACACACACACACACACACCAAAUAGAAAUCUUAAAUUAUUUUUUUCACGUCCACAUGUUGGAUCCUGUCAUAUCUGUCUUGCGACAACUACCAUGUAACUUCCAGGGAAACUUUCAGUCACUUCUUCAUUCCAGUAAAGCGUGUUGCCACCCCUCCUCUAUCGCUGUCUGUAUUUAGCUGUGGGCAGGUAGGCUGAACAAACAACCACAUAGCUGUGGUCAGGGCUGGGUCCGGCCCAGAACUACCCCGGCUCAGAGCUCCCCUUGUUGGAAUGAAUGAAGGAUACAUGAGGGGUUAAUCCACCUACACUCAUCUCCACUGCGGGGCCUUGUUCUGCGAAUUUUGUGAGACUUUAUGGUAAAUAAUUCGGAGGUUAGCGUAGGAAAAUACUUAUUAAUGUCCCAAAACUGCCAAAAGAUCAGAUUUAACAAGCGUUUGCAUACAGUUCAGAGGCUGAUUAAAGGGGACCACCACCAUUUUAUCCAGAUCUAAAUGUGUUUUCAGAUGAUUGGAUGUCUUACUUCAGACACCAAAAAGGUUCUGCAAAGUUUUUGGAAAGUCUUUAUGGUAUUCUUAAAACCAAAAUAUGUUGAUCAAUCAUCCUAAAUUUCAUUUUGCAUCCGAUGAAACACAUUUUUUACUUCCCUCCUCAGAGAUGCAGAGGAACUACGAGCCUACUCUUUCAUUUUAAACUUUCUAUCGUUGAGUUUAGUGUUCUAAAAGUUAUGUGCUAAAUUAGUGGAGUACUACUUUCUAAAAACAAUGGGGAGAAAAAUCUUAAAAAUACUUUACCUAUAAAGUAAUUUACUCUUUAAGGGCGUUUUCACACUCGGCAAUCCGUACCGUUCCCAAGCACGUUUGAUCCCCAAAGUCCAGUUUAUGUGACCGGUUUGAGUUCACUUCCAUGACCCUGACACGGUUGUAAGAUGUGAGGUCCAGCACGGUACAGUUGCUCGAGCACGGGUACGCAGCAUGGACUUGAUGUAACGUUACAUACUGUAAGUGAAAAUAGCCGCCUUGCCUAAUUCAGAAGUCCAGGAGUGUUGGAGACCAAAACGACUGAAAAUAAGCCACAGCGUCAGUGACGUUAGCGUCAUGUUCUCUGUGUUGUUCUCCAAAGUGCUGACUCUGAGACUGGGCUUCUUGUAAACAAAGUGUCCUAUUACGUCUUGAUGACGUAUAGACGUAACCGUGCUCCUGGCCUGGAGCAAUGUGAGUACAGGGCUAAUAGGCCUAGGUUGAGUGCGCCAUAAGUGAUUCCCUACACUCCCCAUUAAAACGGUUUACUUUUAUCCCACAUUUGACGGUCUCCUCCCUUGUGCAAAACAUCUUUGUUUUUAAACAGUCAAACUGAUCUGGAAAAUCUAGUUGCCGCUAUCUUUGAGAAUAUCAAAAGUCAACAUUGUCUUUAUUAGAGACAUGUCAGGAUAUUAGUUUCUGUUCUCAGUGCUUGCAGAGUGCAUGUUAAGACACGUUGGCUCUGAACUUGCAGGAAAACUGUGUUUAUAUUUCAUGUCUUUAACUUCCAGAUGUCUUUUGUGAAUUAUUUCAUCUUGCUGAAAAAUAUUGUCUGACAUGUCGAGACGAGCCAACUCUGGAAAACUCUGCUUUGAAAAAGUGCAAUAUGAAUGUGUGAGGAUCUGUAAUGUGUUAAAAGCUGUAUCUUUAUAAGUGACUUCCUCUGCUACACAAGCCUGAGAUAUGUGUGCCAUCUUGCUUAUGUGCCAUCUUGCUUAUGCCGCAUUUUCAAUUUUGUUCGGCUCUGAUUGCAGCCACGGAUUACAGGGUUUCAGUUUAAUGCUCCCCUGUGUAGCAGUCUGUGAUCUAAACCAUUAUUAGCAAGGAGACGGGGGUUGCUAAACCCAAUCACACCCUUCAUGUUAUUUAUCCCUACUGGCUCGAUGACAUGCUGCACAAAGUACACGUUUAUACCUUUUCAUUUCCUUUUUUUUUUUCCCCCUGAAAAAUACAGGAUACAAACGACAAGUAGCUUGUUCUUUCAAAGGGAUGAAACAUGCUGUACAUCCAUCUCACACACCCCGACGCUGCUGUGCAUGUCCACAGCUAGUCAGACAUUUCUGUAGAAAUGUUACCUGGUGAGUCAUUGUGAAAAAGUGAACACAGCACAAUCUGACACAAUCUCUCAUGCACCAGUUUAUCUGUGCCACGAAGAAGCUGUGAAUGUGAUAACUGAAAACUGAAGUGCACUUGCUGAUGUGAUGAUUGAUGUGUUGGUAAUCUUGAAGUUUCACCAAAUACAUUUCCUUUAAAAGCA